CUCGAAAAUAUACUCCUCCCUUUUCCGUUACAAAACUCUGCUGCUUUUCACGCUCUCUGCAACCGAGCUCUGAGCUGCCGAUUGCCCAGUCGCUUUCUCUCUCCAUCCCCCAUCUCAAUCUCACCUGCACCCACCUCGCACUCCAUUUCGCCUUCCACCACCCUCCCAUCGUCACCACGCCACCGCCACCACCCGAUUCUCUCUGAGGGAAACCACAGCAGGAAGUUCCCUCAAUGGCCGGCUUUGAGGGUGUGGUCGUCUCUGAUCCCUGGCUCCACAACCAGUUUACCCAAGUGGAGCUCCGAUCUCUCAAAAAUCAGUUCCUUUCCGUGAGGAAUGAUGGCGCAGGCAGCCCAGGGUCUCUCACUCUUCGCGAUCUCUCGUCCUCGAUGUCCAAGCUUAAGAUCGGCGGUGGCGGAAUCACUGAGGAUGAGAGGGCUGUCUUCCUGAGAGAGUCCUACCCCGACCUCGAUCGUCAUGUCGAUUUCGAGCUCUUCCUUCGGGUGUACCUGGAGAUGCAAGGGAAGGUUGGUGCUAAAAGCUCGUCCUCAGCCUUCCUCAAGGCCGCAACCACCACUCUCCUCCACACCAUCAGUGAGUCCGAGAAGGCUUCCUACGUCUCCCAUAUCAAUAACUACCUCGGAGAUGAUCCUUUCCUCAAAAAGUACCUGCCCAUUGAUCCGAUGACCAAUGAUCUAUUCGAGAUCGCCAAGGAUGGCGUCCUCCUAUGUAAACUUAUCAAUGUGGCUGUUCCUGGGACCAUUGAUGAGCGGGUGAUCAACACAAAAAGAGUGUUGAAUCUGUGGGAGAAGAAUGAAAACCUUAUGUUGUUCCUUAACUCCGCCAAAGCCAUAGGUUGCACAGUGGUUAAUAUUGGAACACAAGAUCUAGCUGAAGGGAGGCCUCACCUUGUGCUUGGAUUAAUAUCUCAGAUCAUCAAGAUUCAACUUCUAGCUGAUGUUAACCUGAAGAAAACUCCUGAGCUUGUAGAGUUGGUCGACGACGGAAAGGAUGUUGAAGAGCUAAUGAGUUUGCCACCGGAGAAGAUCUUAUUGCGGUGGAUGAAUUUUCAGCUCAAGAAAGGUGGCUUCAGGAGAUUGAUAACCAACUUUUCCUCAGAUGUGAAGGACAGUGAGGCUUAUGCAUGUUUACUAAAUGUUUUGGCUCCUGAGCAUAGUAGGAAGCCAUACCCGAAAACUGUGAAAGAUCUUCUUGACAGAGCAAAAUUAGUGCUUGAACAUGCAGAUAGGAUUGGUUGCAAAAGGUAUCUCACCCCAAAAGAUAUUGUGGAUGGUUCACCAAAUCUUAAUCUUGCCUUUGUCGCCCAUAUUUUCCAGAAAAGCUAUAUCCAAGUGUUUUUAACCUGCAGGAAUGGGUUGUCAUCCCAGAUGAAACAGAUCACCUUUCUUGAAGCAAAUGCUGACAGCCCACAAGUUUCAAGGGAGGAGAGAGUAUUUAGGUUAUGGAUUAAUAGUCUCGGAAUUUCAUAUAUAAACAAUGUGUUUGAAGAUCUCAGAACUGGAUGGGUCCUCCUUGAGGCCAUUGAUAAGGUAGCACCAGGAAUAGUUUGUUGGAAAUCUGCGAACAAACCUCCAAUAAAAAUGCCAUUCAAGAAAGUAGAGAACUGUAAUCAAGUUAUUAAAAUUGGGAGACAACUGAAAUUUUCUCUGGUGAAUGUUGCUGGACAUGACAUAGUGCAAGGGAACAAAAAACUAAUAUUGGCUUUUCUAUGGCAACUCAUGAGAUACAACAUUCUCCAACUUUUGAGGAAUCUGAGAUUCCACACUAGUGAAAAGGAGAUAAAAGAUGUUGAUAUCCUGAACUGGGCUAAUAAUAAAGUAAAGAGUUCAGGAAGAUACUCACGGAUGGACAGCUUUAAGGACAGAAGUCUUUCAUGUGGGAUAUUUUUCCUUGACUUGCUAAGCGCAGUGGAUUCUAGAGUUGUAAAUUGGAACCUUGUGACUAAGGGAGGAAAUGAUGAAGAAAAGAAAAUGAAUGCAUCAUACAUUAUCUCAGUGGCAAGGAAGCUUGGUUGCUCAGUGUUUUUACUUCCAGAAGACAUACUAGAGGUGAAUCAAAAGAUGAUGCUUACUCUCACAGCUAGUAUCAUGCACUGGUAUUUGAAGAGACCAAUCAUCAAAGAUACUUCUGUCUCUUUGGAUGGUGAAAAUGGGAUUUCAUCAGACAGUACAUCCAGCUCAUCUUCAGAUGACUCAGCAUCAGAAUCUUCAAUGGAUGACACUAGUUGUGGAUAACUUGUGGCCAAAAUCUGAUAAUGGUGAUAUUUGCUUUUUUUGUUUUUGAUUUUUACCUCAAUUUAUUCAUCAGAUAUUGGGAGUUUUGUAGUUUUGCUUGAAGAGUUGGGUGUUUUUUUUUUUUCUUCUUGGUUUCAUUUCUCAUGUCAAUUGAGAAGUUUAGAUGAUAAAAUUGCAUUAUAGGCUAACCUAAAGCAUCAGUUAUCCUGUGAGAUGGUGAUUUUUUUUUUCUUAUGUUGUAAGAUGUGUAUUUUAUCGAUAUCUGAUAUGAAUGGAGUUGUUAUAACA